AUGCGACUGCUCAGAUGGAACAACCAGGAGUCGAUUGGCCUGACUCCAAACCUGGACGACGACAAGAGACCAUCGUACGCCAUUCUCUCCCACACCUGGGCCGAGGACAACAGCCAGGAAGUGACCUUCACCGAGGUUGAGACCGCCAAAGGCCAACAGAAGACAGGCUACGAGAAAAUCCGGUUCUGUGCCGAACAAGCACGAACAGAUGGAAUCAAUCACGUUUGGGUCGACACGUGUUGUAUCGACAAGACCAAUCUCGUCGAGCUAUCAGAAGCCAUCACGUCGAUGUAUCGCUGGUAUCAGGAGGCGGUCAAGUGCUAUGUGUAUCUACCGGACGUGUCAUGCCCACAGCAAGGCUCUGGAGGUGAUGCGUAUCCUCUCUGGGGGCCGCAAUUCCACGCCAGCAAGUGGUUCACCCGUGGCUGGACGCUCCAAGAACUGCUAGCUCCGAAGACUGUCGAGUUCUACUCGUGCGAGGGGUCCUGGUUGGGUAACAAGACAACACUGGCCCGGCAAAUCCACCAGAUCACCGGCAUUCCUGUUGAUGCGCUACACAGUUCGUCUCUGGCUCAGUUUUCGACGAGCGAGCGGAUGCGAUGGGCGGACAGGCGCAAGACGAAGAAGCCCGAAGACCGGGCCUACAGUCUGCUUGGCAUUUUCGACGUGUCGAUCCCAGUGAUCUACGGCGAAGGAGAAAAGAAGGCAUUUGGUCGACUACAAAGAGAGAUGCAGCAAGAAUCAGGAACCACAGCACACCCUAAUGUGCACUGGAUGGUGCCUCGCACCGCUAACCCUCUAUUCACUGGUCGACAAGAGCUGCUGCAAGAGCUGGAGGACACGGCGCGCGAUGCGGUCUACUGUCCCUGGGACCGCGAUCAGUGCCGGAUCGUGAUCUCAGGUAUGGGGGAACAAGGCAAGAGUGAAGUCUGUUUGCAGCUUGCUCGACGCCUGCGAUCAGUGUUCUGGGCCGUGCUCUGGAUCGAUGUGAGCACCAGGGACAUCGCCGAGCGGUCAUUUCUGAAAGCUGCGCAGCGACUGUCUCUUCCGGCUGACAGCUGGGAAGACAGCCUGUAUGCGAUCACCAAUCUGUCACAUCCAUGGCUGCUCAUCCUGGACAACGCCGACGACCCCGAGACCGACUACCGCGACUACUUUCCCGACAGUCGACACGGGGUGAUCGUGAUGACCUCCCGGAAUCAGGAGUGCCAGCAGUACGCUACCGAUCAGAGUGUUGAACUUCCCGGACUGAACAUACGAGAGGCGCAGGAUUUGCUUCUCAAAGCAGCCCAAAUCUCAGCCAGUCAUCACAGCCGAUACGCCGAGGACGCUCGAAAAGUGGCCCUACUGCUUCAGUCACACCCUUUAGCUUUGGUGCAAGCUGGUGCAUACGUCAAGCGUGGUCACUGUAGUCUGGCUGACUAUCCUCGAAUCUACGAGAAACAGCGACAACGACUACUGACUUUUCGUCCGACUCAAGCUCGAUCGCGCUACGGCGACGUGUAUGCAACCUUUGAGGUGUCGGUGGAGAUGAUGGGAGCGAUGGACACGCCCGCCAGUCAGGAUGCCCUCCAGCUGCUGCCUCUCUUCGCCGUGGGUGGACCGAGUCACUUUCCUCUGUUCCUGUUCGAGGCCGGCUGGCAAGGCGCCCAAAAAGUGCCAUCUGAUUUGAACGACGAGACGGAGGACGAAGAAGUCGAACUCCUCACACCCUGGCAUGUCGCUCAUCUGCCUGCUAUCUGCGACACGGCUGGCGAGACAUGGGACGCGUAUCGACUCGUGGAGGCAGUCAAUCUCCUCAAAGCCUUCUCGCUAGUCUCGACCGAUGUGCAAAGUGACUCAAUGUACGUGUCUCUUCACGCUCUGGUCCAUGCCUGGGCGCGUGAUCGGCAGAGUCAGCAUGACCAGCAGCAAGCCUGGCUGCAGAUUGGUUGUCUAGCAGCAGUUGUCUUAGCUUACCUUGACAUGACCAAUGACCAAAAACGUCGAGUACAACCUCACAUAGAAGCGCUGGUUGGCUGGCCUAUUGGUAGCGUUGUAUCAACCGGUCCCCCGACGUUAGUAGCGAGAAUGCUGGCUCAUUGCGGGUGGUAUCUGCUCGAACAGCGUGCUGAUACGAAGCUCUACGCGCUGCUGCAAGCACUGUUCGCCAGCCUGGGACUGGAGCGGCUCCAGGUCGAGCAGGCAUGGAUCGGUCUGUACCAUUUAGCUGGCCAGGCCUCUCAACGUCACGGUAGAAUACAAGAAGCAGUAACAGUGCUCGCAGAGGUGGUCGAGAUCAGGAAGCGGACACUAGCAGUAGACCACCCUUCUCGACUCGCCUCCCAGCACGCACUCGCCAGCGUAUAUCAAGCUAACGGGCAGGUUAGAGAAGCAGUAACACUACUCGAAGAAGUAGUCGAGAUUCAGAAGCCGAUACUAGCGGUAGACUAUCCUUUACGACUCGCCUCCCAGCACGAACUCGCUAGGGUAUAUAAAGCUAACGGGCAGGUCCGAGAAGCAGUAACACUGCUCGAAGAGGUAGUCGAGAUUGAGAAGCGGAUACUAGCAGUAGAUCACCCUUCACGACUCGCCUCUCAGUACAACUUAGCUAUUUACCUCUGUUACUUGGAUAAGCGAGAAAAGUCACUGAGCUUAAUGGCUGAAGUGGUUAGUGUUCACAAGCAGGCCCUGGACGAACUUCAUCCUAGCCGACAGUCAUCCGAAAAAUGGCUAGCUCAUCUCGAGCAAAAGGUGGCGGAGCUUCGACUCAGCUGA